GAAAAAAGAAAAAAGGGUGUUGAUCGUAGUGACAUGGCAAAGAUGUGAGUGGGGAAGAAGACCAAUUCCAAAGCCCAUUCCAAGGGUAGAGACAUCUGUGCCAUGUGUCUUGCAAGGAAAACCUCCGAAAAUGAAGCGAAAGAAAUGGUCUGCAUUGGAAGAGCAAACCCUCCUCACCAAGUACUCUGAACUCCUCACCUCUGGAACCUUAGCCAAGCUCAAGACUAGAGAGAAGAAAUUCAAGCCCAUCGCUGACCACGUUAAUUCCGUGCAUCACCUUCCCCUUCAAAUGGUCCUGGCGUGACGUCUCCAUCAAGGUCCAGAACAUGCGCCACCAGUACUUGGGCGUCAAGCAGAAGAUUAGGGUUUCCGAGGAUGAGUUCAACUGGAAAGAUGGCGAGAAUCACUGGGAAAAUUUCUUGAAGUACAAGGAAGUGUUUGGGGAUGUCGAGUUGGAGGCCAAGGAGAAGAAAUUGGGUGGUGAUGAUGUUGGGAUUUUUGACGACUCUGGUGUUUUGGGGUUGGGCUUUGGGAUUGAUUGUGAGGAUUUGGAUGAAGACGAUGAUGAGGAUGUGGAUGAUGAAUUGGGGGAGGAUGGCAGUGAGGGUGAUAUUGGGGGGGAGAGGAGGGUUGAUGAGUUGAGGUCCAAAUCAGUUGUCUAGUUGGCCGGUGACCUGUAAUCCACGUGGACUGAUUUUUUAAAAAAUAUUUACUCUCUCACAAAAUGGAUAGCAGAUUUACCCGAAAUCAACCAAACGCCCCAUAUCCUUAUUCUCUCUUGAACCGAGCCAAACCCAACCCCCAAAUCCCUUCUUCUUUCUUGAACCAACCCCAAAUCCCUUCUUCACCCUUUAACCAAACCCCAAAUCCCUUCUUCUCUCUUGAACCAAACCCUAACUCCUUUCACCUUCUUUCACAGCCACAAUUCGCGAGGGGAGCUGGCAGUGAAAACGAGAGAGGUGGCCCGAGCUUAGAGGAGCUUUCAGAGGAGCUUUCCCAGCAUUUAGCUACAAAGCAUGAGCACCGGAGUGGUUGCCCUUGCUCUCUCACGCCUUGAACUUGGACAGUUGGGGUGACAUCAUCAAAUGCUCCAUUGAUAGACGAGAAGUGAGGUCGGGCAACUCAGACGGGAUGUUGGCCGUUGGCGGUCUAGCAAUACGUGAUCCGUUAAGGUGAAAGAGCGGGUCGCUGCUCUCUGUGUGUCUGAAGUCCCUGUUAGGGUUAACGCCAAAUGGCCUUCUCAACGCCAUCCCUCUUAUCUUCCUGCUCCGCUUAUAGACUUAAUCCUCUUCUCUUCUCUCAUCGCUGUCUCAGAAUUAGGCUUUCUCAUUCUCACUUGAAACCUAGAUUUUUUGCUGUUGCUGCAAGAGAGAAUGACGUCUUUACUUCACCAGAGACAGCAAAGUCCUUUGAUUUUACUUCAGAAGAAAGGAUAUAUAAUUGGUGGGACUCUCAAGGAUAUUUUAAGCCAAAUUUGGACCGGGGAAGUGAUCCUUUUGUUAUUUCGAUGCCUCCUCCUAAUGUUACUGGUUCACUGCACAUGGGGCAUGCGAUGUUUGUGACUCUUGAGGAUAUCAUGGUUAGAUACCAUCGGAUGAAAGGAAGACCUACACUCUGGAUUCCUGGGACUGAUCAUGCUGGUAUUGCGACUCAGUUGGUUGUGGAAAGAAUGCUUGCAUCUGAAGGAAUAAAAAGGGCUGAAUUGAGUAGAGAUGAGUUCACAAAGCGAGUUUGGGAGUGGAAAGAGAAGUACGGUGGAACCAUUACAAAUCAGAUUAAGAGACUCGGGGCUUCCUGUGAUUGGACAAGGGAACACUUUACCCUUGAUGAGAAGCUAAGUUGGGCUGUAAUUGAGGCCUUUGUUAGGCUUCAUGAGAGAGGCUUAAUUUAUCAAGGGUCUUACAUGGUCAACUGGUCUCCUAACCUGCAGACUGCAGUUUCAGAUUUGGAAGUUGAAUAUUCUGAAGAACCUGGUACUCUCUAUUAUAUUAAGUAUCGCGUUGCUGGAGGUUCAAAGAGUGACUAUUUGACAAUAGCUACAACACGCCCGGAGACUUUAUUUGGAGAUACCGCCAUUGCAGUACAUCCUCAGGAUGAUCGCUAUUCUAGGUAUAUUGGUAGGAUGGCAAUUGUGCCAAUGACAUUUGGCCGUCAUGUUCCUAUUAUUUCUGACAGGUAUGUUGAUAAAGACUUUGGAACUGGUGUGCUGAAGAUAAGCCCUGGUCAUGAUCAUAAUGACUACCUUCUUGCUAGAAAACUUGGUCUCCCAAUACUUAAUGUGAUGAAUAAGGAUGGGACACUUAAUGAGGUUGCUGGACUGUACCGUGGCCUUGAUCGGUUUGAGGCACGGAAGAAACUGUGGUUAGAUCUUGAGGAGACAGGUUUGGCUGUUAAAAAGGAGCCUCAUACAUUACGAGUUCCCAGAUCCCAGCGUGGUGGAGAAGUAAUAGAGCCUCUAGUGAGUAAGCAGUGGUUUGUAACUAUGGAGCCAUUAGCUGAGAAGGCUCUUCAAGCAGUUGAAAGAGGAGAAUUAACCAUUAUGCCUGAAAGAUUUGAGAAGAUUUAUAAUCACUGGCUAUCAAAUAUUAAGGAUUGGUGUAUAAGCAGACAACUAUGGUGGGGACAUCGCAUACCAGUUUGGUAUAUUGUUGGAAAAGACUGUGAAGAAGAAUAUAUAGUUGCUAGGAAUGCGAACGAAGCUCUUGAGAAGGCUCAAGAGAAGUAUGGAAAAGAUGUGGAAAUUUAUCAGGAACCAGAUGUUCUUGAUACUUGGUUUUCAAGUGCAUUGUGGCCUUUCAGCACUCUUGGAUGGCCAGAUGUGUCUACACAGGAUUUUAAGAAGUUUUAUCCAACUACAGUGCUUGAAACUGGGCAUGAUAUAUUGUUCUUUUGGGUGGCAAGGAUGGUCAUGAUGGGAAUUGAGUUCACAGGGGCUGUUCCUUUUUCUUAUGUUUAUCUACAUGGACUUAUCCGGGACUCACAGGGAAGAAAAAUGUCUAAGACAUUAGGAAACGUAAUAGAUCCAAUUGAUACAAUCAAGGAGUUCGGCACUGAUGCUUUACGAUUCACGCUUGCUUUAGGAACUGCUGGUCAGGACCUUAAUCUAUCUACUGAGAGAUUGACCUCUAACAAGGCCUUCACUAACAAACUAUGGAAUGCUGGGAAGUUUGUGUUGCAAAAUUUGCCUAGUCAAAGUGAUAUCUCUGCUUGGGAAACUAUACUGGCUUGUAAGUUUGAUAAAGAGGAGGCCCUACUCAGGUUACCUUUACCAGAGUGUUGGGUGGUCUCGAAACUUCAUUGUCUCAUUGACAUGGUCACCACUAGCUAUGACAAAUAUUUCUUUGGAGAUGUAGGAAGAGAAACAUAUGAUUUCUUUUGGGGUGAUUUUGCUGAUUGGUAUAUUGAAGCCAGUAAAGCCCGCCUUUAUCACUCUGGAGGUCAUUCAGUUGCUCAGGCAGUUCUUUUAUAUGUUUUUGAAAACAUACUUAAAAUGCUACAUCCAUUCAUGCCAUUUGUAACCGAGGCAUUAUGGCAGGCACUUCCCAAUCGAAAAGAAGCUCUUAUGAAUUCUUCUUGGCCCCAGACUUCAUUGCCAAUGCAUGCGAGCUCAAUAAAGAAGUUUGAAAAUUUACAAUCUUUGACUAGAGCAAUCCGAAAUGCUCGAGCAGAAUACUCUGUUGAACCAGCAAAGCGAAUAUCUGCAUCUAUAGUUGCAGGCAAUGAAGUCAUCCAGUAUAUUUCUAAAGAGAAGGAAGUUUUAGCUCUUCUCUCCAGGCUAGAUUUGCAAAACGUCCAUUUUACUGAUUCUCCUCCAGGAGAUGCAAAUCUAUCAGUCCACCUUGUUGCUAGUGAAGGUCUAGAGGCAUAUCUCCCUCUCUCUGACAUGAUAGAUGUUUCUGCUGAAGUUGAGCGACUUUCCAAGCGCCUUUCAAAGAUGCAAGAAGAGUUUGACAGGCUUGCAGCUCGCCUUAGCUCUCCUAAAUUUGUAGAGAAAGCUCCUGAAGAAAUUGUUAGUGGGGUUCGAGAAAAGGCAGCAGAAGCUGAAGAGAAGAUAACUCUCACCAAAAACCGUCUAGCUUUCCUCAAAUCAACAGCUGUGGUCUCAAAAUAGUUAACCAAAUGGUUCUCCAUCAUGUUUUCCUUGAAAUCCCAAAGUUUAUUUUAUUUUUGUUCCCAUUCCUUUGGAUUUGUCUCAAUUGCCAGAUCAAUGCACCAUUCUUGGUACUCGCCCAUGGUUUAAUAAUGCAAAUUUUGGAUCUUGUGCAUUGUAACCAUGGGCUAUGAACCAGUAUGCUGAGAGGGCGGCGGAUAGUGCAAUAAGAUGAGGCCAAUAAAUAUAUCAUGAAAUCUGCAUCAAAUCGCUGCUGGCUUGUAGUUCUUGCUUCAGUGGACCCCAAGUAGUAAUUAAUCGUAUACAGAGGUUGGCUUCUCUUGUAGCCCAAAGCUGCCAACAAAAGGUGUGGGAAUGUUGAUGUACAAUUUACUUAUAUAUAACUCAGCAGCAUUUCGUGUAUGAACUUUGAUCUGCCUCCGCCCACAAUUGAUUUUUUUAUGCAUGACCUUAUUCUCCUGUAAAAUUCCAUGACAAUUUAAUUCAAUUCUGCAUAUAUCAUCGUUAGAUACCAAGCAUUAAAGUUAA